AUGGACGAAACGACGCCGGCACAGGUCUUUAAGUGGACCCAGGAUGUCUGCGACAUUCUAUCUCAACCUGACUUGCUUGUAUUUUGGGCCCAUGCGCAGGGCGUAUCUGUUGCCCAUGCACGUCGCACUAUACUUCAGUCUCUGGCUCAGAAACCUUCAAACAUGAAUACACAACAUGCUGGACCCAAUGCUAUUAUUGCAGAGGAUAAGGCACGGUUUGCUUCAGAGCACCGGGUACGGCUUCAAUAUGGAGCAUCAGGUAGUAGUAGUGGCCGAGGUUCAGGCAGACUUUACAGCGAUAGCACAAAUACAAGUACAAUGAGUCUAGGGAGCAACCUGGGCCAAGUUGGUAGUAGCAGUGACACUGGGCCCAUUUCUAAACGGUGA